CUUGCGGGAACUAACUCCUCGGCCACCACCUCCUCCUCCUCCUCGGCCACCACCUCCUCCUUCGCAAAGGACAGCGCUCGAGGAAUCCCAACUCGGUGCGUGGCCGAGACAAAGGCGCCCGGGGAGUGGCGGAGCGAGCCCCGGGCUUGGGCCGCGCCGCGCAGCCCGCAGCGCCCGCAGCCUCGCGGACAUGCCUCGCGCCCCGCCGCGCGCCCGCAGCCUGCUGCUCCCGCUGCUCGCGCUGGCCGCGGCGCUCGCCCCGCUCGCCUCGGCCCAGGGCAGCUUCAGCCCCGAAGCUUGGCUUCAGCAGUAUGGCUACCUGCCCCCCGGGGACCUGCGCACCCACACGCAGCGCUCACCCCAGUCGCUCUCCGCUGCCAUCGCUGCCAUGCAGAAGUUCUACGGGCUGCGAGUCACGGGCAAAGCUGAUUCGGACACCAUGAAAGCCAUGAAGCGCCCACGCUGUGGUGUUCCCGACAAGUUUGGGGCUGAGAUCAAGGCCAACGUUCGAAGGAAGCGCUACGCCAUCCAGGGCCUCAAGUGGCAGCACAACGAGAUUACUUUCUGCAUCCAGAACUACACCCCCAAGGUGGGCGAGUAUGCCACGUUCGAGGCCAUCCGCAAGGCGUUCCGCGUGUGGGAGAGCGCCACCCCGCUGCGCUUCCGCGAGGUGCCCUAUUCCUACAUCCAGGAGGGCCAUGAGAAGCAGGCCGACAUCAUGAUCUUCUUCGCUGAGGGUUUCCAUGGGGACAGCACACCUUUCGAUGGCGAGGGUGGCUUCCUGGCCCACGCCUACUUCCCAGGCCCCAACAUUGGAGGGGACACCCACUUUGACUCUGCCGAGCCCUGGACUGUGCGGAACGAAGAUCUCAAUGGCAACGACAUCUUCCUGGUGGCUGUGCAUGAGCUGGGCCAUGCCCUCGGCCUCGAGCAUUCCAAUGACCCCUCGGCCAUCAUGGCUCCCUUUUACCAGUGGAUGGACACUGAGAAUUUCGUGCUGCCAGAUGAUGACCGCCGUGGCAUCCAACAGCUCUAUGGAAGUGAGUCAGGAUCCCCCACCAAGAUGCCUCAACCCAGGACUACCUCUAGGCCCUCUGUUCCCGAUCGGCCCAAAAACCCCACCUACGGACCCAACAUUUGUGACGGGAACUUUGACACCGUGGCUGUGCUCCGAGGGGAGAUGUUCGUCUUCAAGGAGCGCUGGUUCUGGCGAGUGAGGAAUAACCAGGUGAUGGACGGCUACCCCAUGCCCAUCGGCCAAUUCUGGCGAGGCCUGCCCGCAUCCAUCAACACCGCCUACGAGAGGAAGGAUGGCAAGUUUGUCUUCUUCAAAGGAGACAAGCACUGGGUGUUUGACGAAGCGUCCCUGGAGCCGGGCUACCCCAAGCACAUCAAGGAGCUCGGCCGGGGGCUGCCCACAGACAGGAUAGAUGCCGCGCUGUUCUGGAUGCCCAAUGGGAAGACCUAUUUCUUCCGGGGAAACAAGUACUAUCGGUUCAACGAGGAGCUGAGGGCAGUGGACAGCGAGUACCCCAAAAACAUCAAGGUCUGGGAAGGGAUCCCCGAGUCUCCCCGAGGGUCAUUCAUGAAGGGCAGCGAUGAAGUCUUCACGUACUUCUACAAGGGGAACAAAUACUGGAAAUUCAACAACCAGAAGCUGAAAGUGGAGCCCGGCUACCCCAAGUCGGCGCUGCGGGACUGGAUGGGCUGCCCGUCCGGGGGCCGGCCCGACGGGGGCACGGAGGAGGAGACGGAGGUGAUCAUCAUCGAGGUGGACGAGCCAGGCGGCGGGGCCGUGAGUGCGGCGGCCGUGGUGCUGCCCGUGCUGCUGCUGCUCCUGGUGCUGGCGGUGGGCCUCGCCGUCUUCUUCUUCCGACGCCACGGGACCCCCAAGCGGCUGCUCUAUUGCCAGCGGUCCCUGCUGGACAAAGUCUGACCCCCACCGCCGGCCCGCCCGCCGCUCCCACGGGGACUCGGCCACCACGGCCAGUGGCAGCAGGUGGUGGUGGGUGGGCUGCCCCCUCCCCACGCCCCACCCCCACCUCCCUCCUUCUCUGUGCCCUGACUGGCCCCUCCCACUCUUGCCCCCACCUGCUUCCUCCCCAGAUGGGUCCCUCGGGACCGGGUAGGGCCGCUCCCAGCUCCCGCCGUCCCCCCACCCCCCAGCUCGCUGUGUCCGCCCCACCUGAAUGUCUUGGCUCUGCACUUGAAGGCAGGACCCUCCGACCUCGCUGGUAAAGGUCAUGUGGGGGCAUCUGCUCCUUUUCCAUUCCGUGACAUACUUUGAACCUCUGAACUCUGACCUCAGGAGGCACUGGGUACUCCUGCCCUGCCACCAGCCCCCCCCCAGGGGUACACAGCUGGCAGCCGCCUUGCCACAGACUGGGGCUGAAAGGAAUCCAGCCUGGUGGGGGGAGCAACCCUGAGAGAGUCGGGGGGUGGAGGCUGCCCCCCCACCCCGAGACCUUGGGGGGAAAGUGGAGAGAGGGUCGGUCCUCUGCACAGCCCCGGCCCCUGAGGAGAACUUCCACAGGAAGAGCCUGAGCCAUUGACCACUGAGCUGGAGCUUGCGGGGACCGAGGCACGUUGGCCUUGGCGGAGGGGCGGUGGGGGGGGGCUGAGACCAGGGGUGCCGAUAUUCAGGUGCAGGGAGCCCUGGGGGGAGCCUGAUGGCCAGGGAGAAGGAAACUUGCUCAAAUGAGGCAGCUGGGGCAGGCACCCAGGGGCACCGCAGUCUGGAGACGGGACAGGACCAAAAGCAGGUGUAGCACGAUGUUUGGUGGGGGGCCGGACGGCGGCGGGGACACCGUGCGGUGAGCUGUGGAGCUGGGAGGGUGCACGGAAGGCACCCCUGCACGUGUGUGCCUUACAGACAGUUUGGUGGGCAGGGG